UUUACCUCCAGCUAGAGAUGCUGGUACAGGUGACAUCUGCAUCCUGGGUAGCCUCCAUUGUGAGGUAGCCGUGGCCUGCUCCUUGGCAGAGGCAACACACCCUGAGCCUGAGCCCACAGCUAGGCACCAGAACUUCCGGUCUAAUGAUACCUUCCUCCUCCUGGUCAGUGUUCCCAGAGAACCGCAGCAUCGAGGACUGAUCUGGGAGAGGCUGAAAGUCUGUGUGAGUCCUGACAGAUGUUAAGGGCCAGGCAUACCCAGGAGGCAGGAGCCAGCAUUUGAGACCUGCUGUAUGGCUUCUCCUGAUCAAAGUCCACUGAGAGCCUGCUGCAGCUGAGUGCUAUACCUCUGUUGCCUGUCCAUCAUGGGGAAGAAGACAUCACUGCUUAGAAAAGAUGGCAAGUGUGAGCGGAAUAUGUUUGGUGGGUCUAAGGCCUCCUCAAAAGACAGCAGCAGCAGCAGCAACAGCAGCACCUCCCCAAAGAAGAAUCCUCGCAGGGAAGCUGAUGCACUAAUGUUUAUACAAAUCUUUAUCCACCUGUUGAAAAGCAACAUUGGCACAGGCUUCCUGGGGCUUCCCCUGGCUGUGAAAAACGCUGGAUUGUUGGUGGGGCCUGCCAGCCUCUUGGCCAUCGGGGCUCUGACAGUGCACUGUAUGGAUAUCCUGCUGAACUGUGCCUGCCAUCUCACUCAGAGACUGCAGAGGAGUUUUGUGAACUAUGAAGAGACCACUAUGUACAGCCUGGAAACAUGCCCAAGUCCCUGGCUGAGGACGCACUCAGUGUGGGGCAGGUACGUCGUAAGCUCCCUGCUGAUCGUCACUCAGCUGGGCUUCUGCAGUGUGUACUUCAUGUUUAUGGCAGACAAUUUACAACAGAUCGUGGAAGAAGCUCACAUCACCUCUGAUGUCUGCCAGCCUAAGCAGAGCCUGGUGAUGACCUCCAUCCUGGACACUCGCUUCUAUAUGCUCACCAUCCUGCCCUUCCUCAUCCUGCUGGUGCUCGUCCAGAACCCACAAGUGUUGUCCAUCUUCUCCACCUUGGCCACCAUCACCACCCUGAGCAGCCUGGCUCUGAUCUUCGAGUAUCUUAUCCAGACCCCACACCACAGCCAUCUGCCCCUGGUUGCAAGCUGGAAGACUUUCUUGUUGUUCUUUGGCACGGCUAUCUUCACCUUUGAAGGCGUGGGGAUGGUUCUGCCUCUCAAAAGCCAGAUGAAGAGCCCACAGCAGUUUCCCGCUGUGCUAUAUCUGGGGAUGUCCUUUGUCAUCUUCCUGUACAUCUGCCUGGGGACUCUGGGCUACAUGAAGUUUGGGGAAGACACUCAGGCCAGCAUCACCCUCAACUUGCCCAAUUGCUGGAUGUACCAAUCAGUCAAGCUGAUGUACUCUGUGGGCAUCUUCUUCACCUAUGCCCUCCAGUUCCACGUCCCCGCUGAGAUCAUCGUCCCCUACGUUGUCUCAAGAGUGUCUGAGAACUGGGCUCUGUUCGUAGACCUGACUGUCCGCACAGCCUUGGUCUGCCUGACCUGUUUCUCAGCCGUUCUCAUCCCCCGCCUGGACCUGGUCAUCUCCCUGGUGGGCUCUGUGAGCAGCAGCGCCCUGGCCCUCAUCAUCCCGCCCCUGCUGGAGAUCACCACAUUUUACUCUGAGAACAUAAGCUGUGCCACCAUUGUCAAGGACAUCAUGAUUAGCAUCCUGGGCCUCUUGGGGUGUGUAUUUGGGACAUACCAAGCCCUCUAUGAGAUGACCCAGCAGGCCCACUUUUCCAUGGCCAACUCUACAAGGGUCCACAUAUAAUUACCUAUUUUUAUUUGAAUAGCUCUUCCUUCCCCCACCCUCUGUUGGAUUCCCAUUAUAUGUGUUCAUCAAAACCCAGCAUCUCUAUUAAUUAGCAGCUUCUUUACUGA